UUCACCAUUCCCAUAUAAAUGAUCUGUAUGUAUACGUCUCUUCUGCUUCUAUAUACCUCCAAAUUUUAUGCCCAUAAAUAAUUUUUACUUGGGAUUUGCGGCUUUGUAUUCCGAAGGUGGGGUAACGUUGUGCGAUUCAGUGGUCGUAUUUGGGUACUUGCAUAAUUUAUUGGUUUUGUCAUCUUAUCAUAUGUCAAACCAAUCAUUGCACAUGUUGCAGUGGACCCUCCUCCAUAGCUGCAUGUCAAAAGUUUCUAAGCAUUCUUGAGCCAUCUUAGGGUUUGGUUUGGUGGCAAUAUUUAUAAUAUAUAAUCAGUAAUGGAGAAAGAAGGAACCUAUUCGGGGAAUUUUCCAGGGCUUGACUACAGCUCCCUUGAAGUUCAAAACCAACAGCAAAAUAUGGCAUCAGCAUCUGCUGAUCAAAGCUCCAGCAACCAAAUGGUAGACUACAUGCUCAACAACACUCCGGUACCGGCACCGGCAUCAGCUCAGGCACCGCCACUCUUGCCGGCCUUCUGCGGCUCCAAUUCGUUCGACAAGUUGAGCUUCGCAGAUGUGAUGCAGUUUGCAGAUUUUGGCCCCAAACUAUCCCUUAAUCAAACCAAAAGCAGCUGUGAUCAGGAAGACACCGGAAUCGACCCCGUUUACUUCCUCAAAUUCCCGGUGCUAAACGAUCAUCAAAAGCAGCUGCAACAAGAGCAGCAUGUGUCCCAACAGUACUGCAAGUUGGGGGACAGUCAAGAUGGGGAUGGUGAGGAUAAUAAGAUGAGGAGGAGAUCAUUUGCGGGAGAGAAAAGUGAAGAAGGUGGUGCAGUAGGUAAGAACUGCAGCAGCAGCAGCAGCAAGAGGAAGAGGGCGAGAACUGUGAAGACCAGCGAAGAAGUGGAGAGCCAAAGAAUGACUCAUAUUGCUGUUGAGAGGAACCGAAGGAAGCAGAUGAAUGAACACCUUCGAGUCUUGAGAUCUCUCAUGCCCACUUCCUAUGUCCAGAGGGGCGAUCAAGCAUCCAUAAUCGGGGGCGCCAUCGAGUUCGUGAGGGAGUUGGAGCAACUUCUCCAAUGCCUUGAGUCACAGAAAAGGCGAAGGCUAUACGGCGGCGUAGACAGUCAGAGCCAAACCCAGAGGGGAGACCCAUCAAUGGCUUCUUCGUCCCAACAGCCACAGCCACAGCCACAUCCGCCAUUGAUGUUUCCUCCUCCUCCUCCUGCUGCUGCCGAUCAUCAGUACUACGAGUGCGAUGACUGUGAGGAGGAGACUGCGGAGAGGAAGUCAUGCCUGGCAGAUGUUGAAGUGAAACUAUUAGGGUUUGAUGCCCUAAUCAAGAUUCUGUCCAGAAGAAGGCCUGGACAGCUUAUCAAAGCCAUUGCUGCACUCCAACAAGACUUGCACCUCACCAUUCUUCACACUAACAUUACUACCAUUGACCAAACUGUUCUCUACUCUUUCAAUGUCAAGGUUGGUGGAGAGGCAAGGUUCACAGCAGAAGACAUAGCAAACUCAGUUCAGCAAAUAUUUAGUUUCAUACAUGCAAACAAUGGCAUCUGAUGUGAUGGAUUGAUAUAUAUUCAGACCAAUAUGCACCGGCUUACCUCUACUUCUCAUUACAUUUUUAUUAAUUACUUGUCCUUUUACUUCUAGGUGAAUCGAAUUUUAGUGGUUACACAAACAUAUAUAGCUAGGUCAUUUAACAAAUUUUUAUAUUUCGUUAUUCUACCAAAAUCUUCACACCUUCCAAGAAACAUACUAUAAUGUGUUUGUUCUAUUUAAUU